UUAAUAGUUAAUUUAUGGACGAAAAAUAAAACAUAACAUAGCAAUUACAUCCAAAAUAUAAUGAGUAGUAUGCCAUUAAGCCUUUGCCCAAUUUGAAAACAGUUGAGGGAGCAAAAACAAAUGUCGAUGAAGAGAUUGUUGCUGCUGCUAAAACCCUUUGCUGUAUCACCGCAACCUUCUCAUACUCACCCUCAAGUCUUACACUUCUUGAAUAAUAGGCAUAAGGUGCACCAUGAUUCAAUAAACUUUUGUCAAGAAAUUCUGCGGAAAAAGUCGGUUGAAUGGAAAGCUGUGCUUCGAAACAAUUUGACAGAGCCCAUCAAUGAUGUGGACCUGGUUGUUACAAUUGGUGGUGAUGGAACUCUUCUGCAGGCCAGCCAUUUAAUGGAUGACAAAAUUCCUGUUCUUGGAGUGAACUCUGAUCCUACACGGAUUGACGAGGUGGAACAAUUCAGUGGUGAGUUUGAUGCUACCAGAAGUACCGGUCAUCUUUGUGCUGCAACUGUUGAAAACUUUGAACAAGUUUUAGAUGAUAUACUCGAAGGCCAAAUUAUUUCUUCUGAAUUAACAAGGAUCAUGAUAUCUGUAAAUGCACUACGCUUGUCAACUUAUGCUCUCAAUGAUAUCUUAGUUGCACAUCCGUGUCCUGCUUCACUCUCUAGGUUCUCCUUCAGAAUCACAAAAGACGACCGACCAUGUUCCCGACUAGUUAACUGUAGAUCAAGUGGUCUAAGAGUUUCAACAGCUGCUGGUUCAACAGCCGCCAUGCAUUCAGCAGGCGGAUUUCCGAUGCCCAUUUUAUCUCGUGAACUCCAGUACAUGGUAAGGGAGCCUAUUUCACCAAUGGCAGUGUCGGACUUUACCCAUGGAUUGAUUAAACACGACCAAAAAAUGAGCGCUACAUGGACUUGUAGAAAAGGUGUGAUAUAUAUUGAUGGUUCUCAUAUCAACUUCACCAUUCAAGAUGGAGACAUCGUUGAGAUUUCUUCCCAAGCACCUAGUUUAAAAGUUUUCUUGCCUCAUCACUUGUUACAAUUAGAAAAGAUGUGAAGCAGAGUGAAUUUCAGUGUAUCAUCAUCACCUUAAGAAGGAUACAUUUUUGUUUGAGGAUAUUUGUGAGCAAUGAAAAAGUUUAGGCCACAUGUGCUUACAUGGCUUUUAAGCAUGCAAUGCCUUUUACUUCUUAAGGGUUGAGGUACAAAUACGCUGAUAUCAAAGCCAUAAAUAUGAAGCUGACUUGACUUUAAAAUUCAGCAGGAUGAAGUUUCUGAUCUUAAGUAUCAGUGAGGGGAGCUUUUGCAUACUGAAAAUUAUGUGAUUCCUCAAAGUGGCAGGGUCAUUUAGCUAAUAAACAGUGCAUUUCUUGUUAUAUCUUUUGCUAGGACAGUUUAUAUAGGUGUCUAUAGAUGGAUCAAUAGUUUUGUUAGACUCUCCAAGUUAAAAAAGUAACAUUUUGAACAUGUUUAUUGUAUUUUGUUGUAAAUAACUGUAAAGAGUGCCUUUUAAUCCAAUUAUGUACUGACUUUCAUUUAUUUA